CUUGCAAUUCAUGAUGUCUGUAAUGCGCUUUCUGAAAUCGUUACAAGCGCACAAGAGUGAUUCACAAUCCCGCUCGGUCUCUGCGUUCGAAUCAGUCCUAAAAUUUGAAUUCCAACCAUCCAACGCCUUUCUCCGCCCUCCCCCCACCGCCGAAAACCCCUCGAAACGCUGAAACACGGCUAAAAAUGGCGAGCAACUCACUGAUCUCCGACUCUAUGGACCCAUUGCAAGGUCUAAUCGGACCCUCGCUCUUCCCCCGUACGAUUAGGGCUUCAACCAACUGUCCAAUUCCCUCUGACUCUAAAGACCUAAAUUCGAUUCACCAUUUCAUGAAGUCUCUGGAUUUAAGGAGUCCUGUAAAGCUUAUGAAUGAAGCAAAGAGAAUAGUGGAUGGGGGAGUGGAACUUCUGGACACCAAUUUAACUAGAUUUGCAGAAAUUGCGGACCCCACUGAUGAAGUCAUCAUAAAGGGCAAGGACAAACCUCAAGAACGAAGGCAAGGCCUGGGCAUUGUGCGUAAGCGGGCUCGAUUUUCUUUGAAGCCUAGUGCUAGUCAGCCUUCUGUGAAUUUGGAAUCAAGUUUGAACAUUGACCGGUUGCAAGAUCCUGACGAAUUUUUCGAUGCUUAUGAAAAGCUUGAAUAUGCCAAAAAGGAAAUACAAAGACAGCAGGGUGGCAUUAUGAACAAUUUGAAUGAAUACAAAACAUCAACUAAUACACGUCAUCACAGACCAGGAAUUUUGGGGAAAUCAUAUAGUUAUAAGCACCGUUACUCAUCAGUGCCUUGUGAAAACGAUGAGAUGCUAAUGUCCUCCCUAGAAACAGUGCAGACGGAUGUUCUGGACACUCCUAAUCAUGACUUACAACAGGAAGUUGAAUUGGUUGAAUCAGUAUCGAAGACAGGGAAUAAAGCGAAUGGUGUUUUAGAUGAAUUGCUAUCUUGUAAUGAGGAAGAUUUGGAUGGGGAUGGGGCCUUGAAUAUCUUGCAGGAGAUGUUUCAGAUCAAACCACUUGACCUGGAUGGCCUUUGCAUACCCAAAUAUUAUGAUGUCAAAAAGACUGAUUUUUUGGCUUUGAAAGAAAGUUUGUCAAAGCCUCGUAAGACUUCACAGGUCACAAAUAGUUUGCUGAGAAGUGUAAGUAGGGAACCACUUACUGAACAUGGACAGGUGGCACAGAAUCAAACCAGUUCUGUAGCUUCACCAACCCCUCCAAGAAGUCCAUUCGCUUCUCUAUCUUUGUUGAAGAAGCGAAUUUUGCAAUCUAAUCCCCUGAGAGACCCAUUUACUCCUCUUAAUGUUGAUCUGUCGCCAACCCAAAAUGAUUACCCUGUUCAGCCUAUCGACAAGCUACGGGAUCAGGUUGAUGCACGGAAGGAACCAAGUACGUGUAGCAAGAAGAAAGCACGUGUAGAGGUUGAAAUUACAGAACCUGCAGUUAAAAUAAAUAUACAGAAGGCAAACACAGGAAGUUUGGACUGUCUUCCUGACCAGUUUGUGGAUGAGAUUGCAAUUGGACAAAGUGCAGAACCUACAAUUAAUAUGGAUAUGCAGAAGUUGAAAACAUUAAGUUUGGAUUGUUUAGACCAGUUUGUUGAUGACAAUGCUUGCAGAGAAAGUGCAAAAUCUUCAAUUGCAGGACCUACAAUUAAUUUUGAUACACUGAAGAUGAAAACUGGAAGUUCGGUUUGUCCGCCUGACCAAUUUGUGUAUGAAAAUGCAAGGAGAGAGUAUGCAAAAGCUGAUAUUUGCCUUGUCAGAGAACCACAUUACAACAUUGAGGAAGAAACAAUUGGCGAAAGCUUGAAUGGUGGUCAGAAUCUUUUUGACCAAUCGAAUUGUUGUGCACUUGAAGAUGAUGCGGUAAAGGCCCCAUCCAGGAGUCAGCAGUUUGAUAAAAAACAAGAGCCUGAGAUAAAUCAAGACAAGCUACAGAAAGCAAAACGAGAAGCAGUUGAAAAACGCCUUAGAAAAUCACAUCCACUGAGGAAAAGUCUUGCAGAAUCUGGUACAUUAUUUGAAAAUGGAGUAAGAAGAAGCAAAAGAAUCAGGAUGAGGCCUUUGGAAUACUGGAAAGGAGAGAGAUUCUUAUAUGGACGUCUGGACGAGAGUGAGUAUCAUAUGAUGAUUAAAAUAUUUUACAUAUUAAAACAAUAUAUUUUUAUCUCUUUGUAUAGUUUUGUUGUCUGGCUUGAAAAUUGUAAGUUUUCGUUGUCCAAUAGUUUUUAGUGUGAAAACUAAAAAGUUGCAUCACGUAUUCAAUUACUGUCUAAUUGGUGCUAAUUCAGAUGUGGACAUUUAAUUCCAUGUAGAGGGAAUGAUAUGAUGUGGUCGGAACUUAGAAAAACCACACCUGCUGUUUAUUAUAUGAGCACCAAGGCCUUUUCUGAAAUCCUGGAUGAAGGUUGCCCGGACUGAAUUAUUUAAUUUCAUUUGUUGCAUUUAUUAAUAAUACGUGUUAUCAUGUAAACCUCAUUCACAUGUACCGUAUAGGAGUUCGCACUAUUUUGCCCUUGUAAAACUGAUGUUAUAACAUACACUGCACGGUAGUACCUGUCUGGGUUUGCCUAGGUGUUUUUGACAACUGCAAUUCCUCAUGCCACCUUUCUCCCAUUCUGCAGUGAAGUGCAUUGGUUACACUUUUGCACAGUAAUUGAACGUGCAUUAGUUUCCUAGUUAUUAAUCAAUAUUCUCUGAAAGUAGAGUGCUAUUUUGUAUCAACCUAUUAUCAUUUAUCAUUCCGCAUGGUUACUUUACUAUUUUCACACUUAACUUUGUCAAGUGGUUUAAGUACACAGCCCGGCUGGGAAGGUUGUAAUCACCAGUGUACCAAAGUAGUUAUUUCUUCAAUUUAUUUCUUCAACUCUAUUUAUCUGAGGUUAACGUUGUCACUUGGAUAUGUCUUAUUCCGAUU